GGUUGUCGCAAAUUAACUUAAAGUUUAUCUCCACUAAGAAAGUGGGUAGGAUCACUCACGAGAAGAUGAUAAAGGGGUCUAAUGAAGAAGGCCCGAGAAUGAUCCACCUAGUGCGGCGUCAACAUCUGUACAAUCAUCUAGGGCCCUGCAAGGUCCGCCAUUGCCACUGAACCCAAGGUCUGGCCUGAGAGUCCUGAGAAGGUCAAGCUUAUCAUCAAGCAAAACAUGAUCAAGAGGGCUGACUGCCGUGCCAAUAGGAUGGUCGGCCGUGUCAAGAGGGCUGACCACCAUGCCAAGAGGACUCGAGGAAACUGUUGGCCUCUCUAAGGCACAAGCUCGAAGCGGCCAUGGCGAGGCUGGCCAUGAUGAAGGAAGACGCCAUGAGGAGAUCAUCGAGCUGAUCACUGCCUUUUUGGUGACCCCCCGCUUGGGCAAAACUUCCGCCGCACUGGAGGGGAUGAUGCUCUUGGAGACGUCGUCGUACGGCCCCAGCACGGGCAAUCUGUCAUUGGGAGGUGCUCCAAGCUUCGGGGCGUGCUACAACGCGCUGAUGGUCCAGCCAGCCAGCCCCGCCCCCCGAGCUGGCCCCCGUGACGCUAGGCGAUCUGAUCUUGACCAAAAUGAUGCAGGGCUUCUUCACAGGGGACUCACCCAUUUCAUUAUUAUCACUGAGCUUCUGAGCGACGAGUUUGAUUUACUUCGUUAUGCAUUAUUAAGCAACUUCAGCCAUUUCCUUUAGGUGGUUCGUUUACAAUGUAUAUGUAUGUCAACAUUUAUUGCUGCAGUAAGGUUUUCUGUUCA